AUGGAUACCAGUGUUCCCAGCAUCAUCUUCCUGAGGAGCCGAGCAUUACAUGCUGAGUUCUCCUCCGCUGCAUGCCUCCUGUCCUCAGGACCCACAGGUUGCAUUAAUUUCUGGAACGUGCUCAACGGCGGGAAAUUCUUGGCCAACUUCGAGGCAUCUAGGUUCCAGCAGCUGAUCACUAAACUGGCAGUGACAAAGGAAGACACCUCACUGUAUGCGGCUGACCAACUUGGCUAUGUCUAUGUCUAUGCCAUAAAGACAUAUGCUCUUGGCUCAGAGAAAACCCCACCGAGAGCUGAAAACUACUGGCGUGCCCAUACCGGCAGCAUCACCGGGUUGCAGAUUGUUGACAAUGACCAAGUACUGCUCACCUCGUCCAUAGACUGCACUGUGCGCCUGUGGAGUGCCUACGGAGAGUUCAUAGGGACGUUUGGGCAGCAGGACAAUUGGAGCAUCCACACCCCUUCCUCCUGGAAGCAUCCUGCCGUUCCCUAUGAGAUCCUGAUCGACCCUCUGAGCAUGCCAGCUCACCCCAUCCUGGAGGGAGAGACCAGAGUGUCCGACGUCAUUAACGCUGACGACUCUGAGCCAAAGGUGCGUACAAAAAAGAUGUAA